CCGCCCCACCAUUUUUACCAAAACCACAGGUUCCGCGGCGCCGGGCGUGGGCCCAGCCAGCCGCAGCCGCAGCCGCCUGGCCUAACCCCAGGGCCCGGCCCCCCCCGAGUGCCCUUUAUAUAUUGGCACCUCCGAUCCAUUGGCCGCAUCGCACUCGCGAACCAACCCCAUUCUCGAUCCCGUUUGAAAUCCAUCCGUCCUCGUUUCCUCCGUCCCGCAGCCUCUCGUCCCCAUGGCCAAGAUCAAGAUCGGGAUCAAUGGGUUCGGCAGGAUCGGAAGGCUGGUGGCCAGGGUGGCCCUGCAGAGCGACGAUGUCGAGCUCGUCGCCGUGAACGACCCUUUCAUCACCACCGAUUACAUGACCUACAUGUUCAAGUAUGACACUGUGCACGGACAGUGGAAGCACCAUGAGGUCAAGGUCAAGGACUCCAAGACCCUUCUCUUUGGUGAGAAGGAGGUUGCUGUGUUUGGCUCCAGGAACCCUGAGGAGAUCCCGUGGGGCUCGGUUGGUGCUGAUUAUGUUGUUGAGUCUACUGGUGUUUUCACUGAUCAGGAGAAGGCUGCAGCUCACUUGAAGGGUGGUGCCAAGAAGGUUGUCAUUUCUGCUCCUAGCAAGGAUGCCCCCAUGUUCGUUGUUGGUGUCAACGAGAAGGAGUACAAGUCUGACAUUAACAUUGUCUCCAAUGCUAGCUGCACAACCAACUGCCUUGCUCCUCUUGCUAAGGUCAUCAAUGACAAGUUUGGUAUUGUUGAGGGUCUGAUGACCACUGUUCAUGCCAUCACUGCUACCCAGAAGACUGUUGAUGGGCCCUCGGCCAAGGACUGGAGAGGUGGAAGGGCUGCAAGUUUCAACAUCAUUCCCAGCAGCACCGGAGCUGCUAAGGCUGUUGGCAAAGUGCUUCCUGUCCUUAAUGGAAAGUUGACUGGAAUGGCUUUCCGUGUUCCAACCGUCGAUGUUUCUGUUGUUGAUCUCACUGUUAGGCUUGAGAAGUCUGCUACCUAUGAUGAGAUCAAGGCUGCAGUCAAGGCUGAGGCAGAGGGUAGCCUCAAGGGCAUUCUGGGUUAUGUUGACGAGGACCUUGUUUCCACCGACUUCCAGGGUGACAGCAGGUCAAGCAUCUUUGAUGCUAAGGCUGGCAUUGCCUUGAAUGGCAACUUCGUGAAGCUUGUGUCCUGGUACGACAACGAGUGGGGAUACAGCACCCGCGUGGUUGACCUGAUCCGCCACAUGAGCAGCACCAACUAGAUGAACGAACUGAAGGUCUGGUGAUACAAGGGAGUAGGGAGUUGUCUUCUUCCCCGGAGAAAGUGCUUCCGAGAAUAAAAUUUUUCUAUCUAUCGGAUUGUCUGAAACUAUUAUGUUGGGUGUAUUGUAUCGUAGUGGUUGGUUGAGCAUUGAAUGGCUCAUAUUUUGUCAGGUCUACUAUCUACCGUUGAUAAACUUUUAAUCAACCGUUAUAUUUCAGUUUUGCAUUUUGCACC